AUGGAUGCGAACAAGAAAAACAAGCGAGAAGGCAGCGAGGUCACUGAAAGACUUAUCACUGAAACGGUAACUACAAGACUGACAUCCUUACCACCAAAAGGGGGGACCAGCAAUGGCUACACUAAGACGGGCUCCCUUGGCGGAGGGAGCCGACAGGAGAAACAAAGCCUGAUCCACGGCAGCAGCAGCUACAUCAACUCAAGUGGAAGCCUCCGCGGCAGCACCUCCACUUCCAGCUACAGGAGGGCCCAUUCAUCCGCCUCCACUCGGCCUGACUCCCCAGGCUCCACCUUCGAGAGGAAAGCACAUGUGACUCGCCAUGGGACCUAUGAAGGCAGCUCCAGUGGCAACUCCUCUCCCGAGUAUCCACGGAAGGAAUUUGCCUCUUCUGCCACCAGAGGACGGAGCCAAACACGAGAGAGUGAAAUCCGAGUUCGACUACAAAGUGCAUCUCCAUCCACCAGGUGGACAGAACUGGAUGACGUGAAGCGUUUGCUCAAGGGCAGUCGGUCUGCGAGCGCCAGCCCCACCCGGAAUUCUUCCAACACACUUCCCAUCCCCAAGAAGGGCACCGUGGAGACCAAGACGGUGACAGCAAGCUCCCAGUCGGUGUCAGGCACCUAUGACACAACCAUCCUGGAUGCCAACCUUCCCUCGCACAUGUGGUCCUCCACACUGCCUGCGGGCUCCUCCCUCGGGACCUACCACAACAACGUCACCACCCAGAGCUCCUCCCUCCUCAACACCAACGCCUACUCAGCAGGCUCAGUCUUUGGAGUUCCAAAUAACAUGGCGUCCUGCUCUCCCACCCUACACCCUGGACUCAGCAGCUGCUCCUCAGUGUUUGGCGUGCAGAACAACCUGGCCCCCAGCUCUUCCACUUUGCCCCAUGGCACCUCCACCACCUCCACAACAUAUGGCAUGAAGAAAAAUAUGCCCCAGAGCUCUGCCGUGGCGAGCACUGCUGUGGCCACCUCGGCAGCUUGCACCACGAGGGUCCAGAGUGAGGAGCAGCUACACAGAGACUGCAAGUUCCUGCUCGUGGAGAAGGACAACGUGCCCACCAAGAAGGACGUGGAGCUGCUGGUCAUGUCCAAGGACAGCGGCAAGGUCUUCCCUGCCACGCCCACUGGUGUCGCAGCCACUUCCUUUUCAGAAGACACUCUGAAGAAAGAAAAGCAGGCCGCCUAUGCUGCCGACGCCUGCCUGAAGGCUGAGGCUAAUGGAGACUUGAAGACAGUGUCCACAAAGGGCAAGGACGACUUUGCAAAAAUCCACGGUUAUGACCAUGGCGGUGGCCGAGGUGGUGGCGGAGGCGGCGGCAGCAGCGGGGGCCAGUGGGGCGCAGCGCCGGCCUGGUGCCCGUGUGGCUCCAGUUGCAGCUGGUGGAAAUGGCUGCUGGGCCUGCUGCUCACCUGGCUGCUGCUCCUGGGGCUGCUCUUUGGCCUUAUCGCUCUGGGUGAGGAGGUGAGGAAGCUGCGGGCCCGCGUGGAUGAGCUGGAGAGGAUGCGGGGCAGCAUGAUACUACACGGGGAGACCCUGGAGAAGAGCAGCAAGGACCGCCUGCUGGCGGCACCAGGCGUGGGCACAGGCAUGGGCAAGACCGGGCUGGACGGCUCCAGUCAGGAGGCACUCUGGCUGUUCGUGCGGAACAAGCUGUUGCUUGAGCAGGAGAACGGAAACCUCCGGGGAAACCCUGGCCCUAAAGGUGACAUGGGAAGUCAAGGCCCUAAAGGAGACCGCGGGCUUCCUGGGGCUCCAGGUACCCCUGGGCCCGUGGGUCUCCGUGGCCCAGAAGGACCAAAGGGGCAAAAAGGCAGCGUGGGAGAACCCGGCAUGGAAGGCCCCAUGGGCCAGAGAGGGCGAGAGGGCCCCAUGGGGCCACGUGGGGAACCAGGACUUCCUGGGUUUGGAGAGAAAGGAGAGAGAGGGGCUGCUGGUGAACCAGGUCCUCAUGGCCCCCCAGGAGUCCCAGGUUCUGUGGGUCCCAAAGGUUCCAGCGGCUCUCCUGGGCCUCAGGGGCCCCCAGGUGCCAUCGGCCUCCAAGGGCUCCGAGGUGAAGUGGGACUUCCUGGUGUCAAAGGUGACAGAGGAUUUGUGGGACCGCCCGGACCCAAAGGUGACCAGGGUGAGAAGGGAUCAAGAGGCCUUACAGGCGAGCCUGGCAUGAGAGGUCUGCCUGGUGCCGUGGGUGAGCCCGGGGCCAAAGGAGCCAUGGGCCCCGCUGGUCCUGAUGGAAACCAAGGCCCAAGAGGUGAACAAGGCCUGAUGGGGAUGCCGGGAUCCCGUGGCCCACCAGGACCUUCUGGAGACCCAGGAAAGCCAGGUGUCACAGGACCCCAGGGCCCUCAGGGGCUCCCAGGGACACCCGGCCGACCAGGCACUAAAGGUGAACCUGGUGCUCCAGGCAGGAUCAUGACUUCAGAGGGGUCGUCGACCAUCACUGUCCCAGGUCCCCCAGGACCUCCUGGUGCCAUGGGACCCCCAGGACCUCCAGGUUCUCCAGGCCCUACCGGUCCUGCUGGCAUCCCUGGACAGCAAGGCCCGCGAGGGGAGCCCGGCCUGGCCGGGGACUCCUUCAUGAGCAGCAGCAGCUCCAUCUCCGAAUUCCUCUCCACGCAAGGCCUGGAUUUGCGAGGGCCCCCAGGCCCGCCUGGACCACGUGGGCCACCAGGACCUUCCAUCCCAGGCCCCCCAGGACCCCGAGGCCCACCAGGGGAAGGCAUGCCAGGCCCCCCGGGCCCCCCAGGAUCUUUGCUAGCCGACUCAGAAACCUUCUACUCUGGCCCUCCUGGCCCACCUGGUCCUCCAGGGCCCAAGGGAGACCAAGGGGGAUCAUCGAGCACCAUGUACAUGCAGGGCCCACCUGGCCCACCCGGGCCCCCUGGGCCUCCUGGCUCCCUCAGCAACUCCGGCCGUGAGAUUCAGCAGUACCUGUCCGAGUACCUGCAGAGUGACAGCAUUAGGACUUACCUUUCUGGAGUCCAGGGUCCCCCUGGCCCGCCUGGCCCCCCAGGGCCUAUCACCACCAUCACGGGUGAGACCUUCGACUACUCGGCGCUGGCAAGUCUCGUCGUGAGCUACCUGAAGACUUCUGGGUACAGCCUCAGCUCGUCCUCGGGCACCAUCUCUUCUGAGGACAUCCUGGCGGCACUGCAGCGGGAUGAUGUGCGUCAGUACCUGCGCCAGUUCCUGAUGGGCCCUCGGGGUCCCCCUGGGCCCCCAGGAGCCAGUGGUGAUGGGUCCUUGCAGUCAUUGGACUACACAGAGCUGAGCAACCGCAUUAUCAGCUACCUGUCCAGCUCUGGGAUCAGCAUUGGCCUUCCUGGGCCCCCAGGACCCCCAGGCCUGCCAGGAACAUCCUAUGAGGAGCUCCUCUCCCUGCUCCGAGGGUCUGAAUUCAGAGGCAUCGUCGGCCCCCCAGGCCCUCCAGGACCCCCAGGGAUCCCAGGCAACGCAUGGUCCAGCAUCAGUGUGGAGGACCUCUCCUCUUACUUGCACACUGCCGGCUUCUCUUCCAUCCCAGGCCCUCCCGGUCCUCCUGGUCCUCCUGGACCUCGAGGGCCCCCAGGGGUCUCCGCAGCUCUGGCCACCUAUGCAGCUGAGAACAGCGACAGCUUCCGGAGUGAGCUGAUUAGCUACCUCACAAGUCCUGACGUGCGCAGCUUCAUCGUGGGCCCCCCAGGCCCUCCAGGGCCGCAGGGACCGCCUGGGGACAGCCGCCUGCUGUCGCUGGAUGAUGCCUACAGCCGGAGAAGCAGCUCCUCCUCACACAGCUCAGCUGCCCGGCGGGGCUCCUCCUAUAGCUCUUCAAUGGGGGGUUCCCUGGGUGAAGGGGGAGCCUUCAGUGCAGGCGACGGGGGCCCUUAUGACACCGACUUCGACACAGACGGAGGCUUUGAGGCAGCAGAGGGCGGCAUGUACGGCGGAUCCUUACGGGCUGGGUUUGCUGGAGACCUGGAUUACAACGAGCUGGCUGUCCGUGUGUCCGAGAGCCUGCAGCGUCAAGGCCUGCUGCAAGGGAUGGCCUACACUGUCCAGGGCCCACCAGGCCGGCCUGGGCCCCAGGGGCCCCCUGGCAUCAGCAAGGUCUUCUCUGCCUAUAGCAACGUGACUGAAGACCUCAUGGACUUCUUCCGCACUUAUGGGACCAUUCCAGGACCCCCUGGGCAGAAGGGAGAGGUGGGCAUCCCAGGACCCAAAGGCGACAGGGGUGCUGCAGGACCAAGAGGUCCCCCUGGGCCACCUGGCCCUCAAGGGCACAAGGGAGAAAAAGGAGACAAAGGUGACCAAGUCUAUGCUGGGCGGAGGAGGAGAAGCAUUGCCCCCAAGCCGUGA